AUGAGGGCUACUGCGACGUCUGUGCUCUUGGGAGCCUUGUUUGUGGCGACUGAGGCUGCGCCUCCGUUUAAGAAGCUUGAUGCGAGGGAUGUUGAUACUCGCUUUCCAUACACUGGGCCAGCGGUUCCAGUGGCCGACUGGGUUGAUCCCACCGUGAAGGGCAAUGGCAAGGGCUUCCCUCGUCUGGUCGAGCCACCAGCUGUCAAGCCAAGAUCGAACAACCCAAAGAACAACGUCAAUGUCAUCUCGCUGGCAUACGCUGGCAGCAAUGGCAUCAACAUCCACUACCAAACGCCAUUCGGACUCGGCAAUGCUCCUACUGUCCGCUGGGGCAGCCGUCCAUGGCAAUUGUCCAACGUGGCAACCGGUGUGACUGACACCUACGACCGAACGCCACCAUGCUCGCUCGUAGAUGUCACUCUUUGCUCGCAGUACUUCCACAACGUCCAGCUCGAGGGUCUCAGGCCAGAUACGACGUACUUCUACCAGAUCCCGGCUGCCAAUGGCACCACCGAGUCCAGCGUCAUGAGCUUCAAGACUGCCCGCUCUGCUGGCGACAAGGAGUCUUUCACUAUCGCUGUGCUCAACGACAUGGGUUACACCAACGCCCAUGGCACGCACAAGCAGCUCGUCAGCGCUGUCAACGAUGGCGUGGCGUUCGCAUGGCACGGUGGAGAUAUCAGCUAUGCUGAUGACUGGUACUCCGGUAUCCUCCCAUGCGAGGACUCCUGGCCACUCUGUUACAACGGAACCAACACUGAGCUGCCAGGCACGCCUCCAGCACCAUUCCCAGCAGAGUAUGACCAGCCUCUUCCAGCUGGCGAGAUCCCUAACCAGGGUGGCCCUCAAGGUGGCGACUUCAACGUCAUCUACGAGUCCAACUGGGACCUGUGGCAGCAGUGGCAGAACGAGGUCUCCACCAAGAUCCCAUACAUGGUUCUUCCAGGGAACCACGAGGCGUCGUGCGCCGAGUUCGAUGGACAGGGCAACAUCCUCGCUGCUUAUCUCAACGACGACAAGUCCAACUCUUCCACCUCGGACAAGUUGACCUACUACAGCUGCCCAGUCUCCCAGCGCAACUUCACCACCUACCAGCACCGUUUCCGCAUGCCAGGAACCGAAUCCGGUGGUGUCGGCAACUUCUGGUACUCCUUCGAUUAUGGCCUCGCUCACUUUGUUUCCAUCGACGGAGAGACCGACUUCCCAUACUCGCCCGAAUGGCCAUUCAUCAGGGACGACCCAAGUGGCAAGCCCGCCGAAAACAAGACUUACUCCACCGACAGCGGUCCUUUCGGCGCCAUCGAAGGCAACAACUGGAAGAGCAACGAGGCCUACCAGCAGUACCAAUGGCUGAAGAAGGACCUCGCCUCGGUCGACCGCAACAAGACCCCCUGGGUCAUCGCCAUGUCCCAUCGUCCAAUGUACUCGUCCCAAGUCUCCUCCUACCAGAAGAACGUCCGCAACGCCUUCCAGGACCUCCUGAUCCAGAACGGCGUCGACGCUUACCUCGCCGGCCACAUCCACUGGUACGAGCGUCUGUACCCGCUGACCUCCAACGGCAGCAUCGACACCGCCUCGGUCGUCAACAACAACACCUACACGACCAACCCAGGUGUCUCGCUCACGCAUCUGAUCAACGGUAUGGCGGGCAACAUCGAGAGCCACAGCACUCUGAGCAGCUCGCAGCCGCGACUGAACAUCUCCGCCGUGCUCAAUGCCCAGGACUACGGCUUCAGCAAGAUGACCUUCCACGAUGCCAACAAGCUCACCUGGCAGUUCAUCAAGGGCGACGGGUCUGGUGUCGGUGAUGAGUUGACGCUGGUCAAGAAGGGCCAGGCUGGUGGCUACCCACAUAACCCUCCGCACUGGGGCUGGGGCCACGGCGGUGGUUGGUGGUGA